UUUCCCUCGGUCACACUGCUGCUAAGUCUGAGCAAGACGAAUCGUGUUGGUUGGUGAAAACCCGUGAGUUUUGCGUACUUGCAUUUAAAGAAACCCCCAGCGCCCGUGGAAUAGUCAAUAAAUUGAUUGGGUGAUCCCAAUCAGCAAUCGUUUCGACCCAGUGUACGCGUGUGCAGCUAGUUAAGCGAUCAAAUCGAUUGAUCGAAUCGAAAAAAAGGUAAAUCGACGUCGACGACAGCGGAAUACCUAAGAGCCAAGGCAGCGACAGAAUAAAGAAACAAGGAAACAUUUGCACGCCAGCGGAGCAACUGCAGCACAGCAGAGCACCACCAGCGACAAGAAAAACCACUUCAACAAAAGAGGAUAACAUACUGGAAGUGCUCCACUCGCACACACACCAAACGGCUAACCAGCAACAUAUACACACAGUACGUGCCCGACGGUGGGAAAGUAAACCGACAUCUUUUUACGACCGCCGAGAGUUUUGCAAUCAGAAGAAGUCGGAGAGCCGAGCCGAGUCGAUCGGCCAGCCCUUUGAUAAGCCAGAGAGAAGGGAGUAGCUCAGAGAAGCGGAGAACAAGAGAGAGGAACAGGUUGCCAAGUUGAACGCGCAACUAAUUUGGAAAUCGAGCCAACCAGCCAGACAACCGAAAGUGCGUGAGCGUGAUCGUUUGUAAGCAGUCCCCGAAAAAGAAGUAAAGAAAGACGCAGAGACCCGCAGACCCGGACUUGCAUUUAACCCAGCCCAGCUUGAAGGGUUCAUAGCCCAAGCCCAUGAGCAGCUGAGCCAGCGGCAGAAGCUAAAACGGAAACCAGACUUAAGCCCUAAAUACCCGAUCCAAGCCAGAUCCAAAUGAAAACGCUAGUGCUCAGUCCGGAUGACCUGCAGAACUUCAACAAGUUCAUCUAUGACCCCAAGUCGGCUGCCCAGUUGGCCGCCAGUGCUGGUGCGAUUGGAGCAGCGGCGGCGGCGGCAGCAGCGGUCCAUGGACCGCCCGCUGGCACCACAGUACAGCUUCUCCAGAGCGGGGUCGGCGGAAUAGUCAAUCCCGGCGUAGUUCCUGUCUCCGUGCCCGUACCCACUAGCACAGCCAGCAGUGCCAACAAUCUGAUGGCGCUGCAUUACUACCUGAAGCAUCCGGGUAUCCAGCAGAUGCCCAUCCCACAGCAGCACCACCAACAGCAGCAGCAACAACAACAGCAGCAGCAGCAACAACACCAUCAGCAGCAUCAGCAACAAUUGCUGGCCCAGUCACAGACGCAGCUGAAACAGCUGCAGCUUAAGCAGCCGACGAUCCACCAGCACCAGCAGCACAUCAGCUACCACCACCACCAUCCGUACUACCAGCAACAGCCGCAGCAGGCGCCUCCACCGCAACCACAGCCUCUCAAGAGCCAGCCGCAGUCCCACCUGCCCGUGCACGCCCUCAAUCAGAACUCAAACUUCUCUGCGGCUAGCUCCAGUACCGGCGGCACUGCCUCCAGCCAUGCGCCCACCCAGCAAUCGAACGGAUCCAGCGUUUCACCCACCAUUGUGUCCAGGGUGGCGGCCGUUGGAGCACCUAGCAGCAGCAACAUUGCAGCGGCGGCCAACGCGCUCCUACGGGCAUCGGCCGCCUCUACAGCUCCGAGCUCCUCCGCCUCGUCAUCCUCUUCGUCCUCAUCCGCGUCGUCGAGCUCCUCGUCCAGUAGCUCCUCCUCCAGCACCAGCAGUUCGGCAAACUGCGCCAAGAAGCUGAAGACGGAGCCGGUACUGUCGCAGUAUAAUCAAACGGAGCGCCUUAAUUUCGCCAACACGUAUAUCGUGUGGAGCGAGGAGCACUGGCGGAGGGUGUUGUUCCACGACGAGCGCAGGUUUAACCUAGACGGACCAGAUGGUUUCUCGUACUAUUUCCACGACUUGCGCAACUACGAGCGCACGCUGUCGCAGCGACCGCGUGGCAACUCCGUGUACAUCUACCUGAUGGUCUGUGUGGGGGGAGCCGUGCAUCUGGAGGUGUCAUCCGCCAAACAGCGUCCGGAAUCCUGUAUAGAGGCCAUCAUGCGCGAGCGGCCGAAUAUUGUUACCAAGCUGGGUGGAAAUACGGAGUUCGUGCUGCAGGAUCAUAACUGGAUGUCGCACGCCCUGCCCACCGCCCAGGAUCUGCUAAAUGCCGAGGGCCUGAAGACCCAGAAGUGGCCCACCAUCGCCCACGAUCUGAACAUCAUGGAGAACGUGUGGGGCUGGCUCAUCCGCGAGGUGUUCGACGGCGGACGGAAAUUCUCGCGCAAGGACGACUUGAUAUUCCGCAUCAAGGAGGCGUGGUCCCGCCUGCCCCUCGACCUGAUCACCAACCUGUAUAGCACGCUGCCAGAACGGAUCACGGAGCUUUACUACACACAGGGCGUCUACACGAAUUGUUGACAGCGGCGUACAGAUACUGAGCAACCGGGAUGUGGACAGGGCUCGGUCCACUUGACCGCCUCGGCGGUCGAGCAGGCGGACGAUGAUCCGGGGAGUAGCUACUCCUCGAAGUCUGCCAGAGACCGGAGAGCGAAGGAAGCAAAUCUUUAUAUACAACUUAACUUAACUUUUUGUGUAUAGCUUUAAGAUGUGUGCAACGGAGCGGACGGGUACUGGAGACCGACGGACUGAAAGCAUGAAAGACAGACGACCGGACUGACGGACGGACAAACCGACCUGGGUUAUAAGUUAUAAAGUUUUUUAGUUAUUUAACAAAUUAUGAAAAACAGAAACAGCAGAUUGUAGGCAGAACACACGUACAGUGUUGCCAUAUCGCUUUGUAAUUAGUGUUUUAUCCCGCCCCUAACAAUUCCUUUUUGCCCAUUAAACCACCUUCGCCCCCGAAAAACCCUCGUAAUUUGUAAGCCUUAAUUUAAGUUGUCGUUUUCCUUUUUACCCCCUUGUCCAACUCUAUUAAGAAUAUAAAAAAUAUAUUAGUUACAAACAAGUUUAUUUAAACUUAACUCCCCUUUUGUUGAUUGUUUUUAGUUGUGCCAGCAGUAGAAGAACAAAAUUGAAAUGCCAAGCGAGCAGAGGAAGCAAACAAAAUAAAUUGUAACUAAAGUAUUAUUUUAAGACAUAGUUUUUGUUGUAGCAAAUUACGGAGAACUAACACACGUAAAUCUUUACAGACACACACGCAUGAACACUCAGAAGAAGAAUCCUAUCAUGUAAAAUUGUUUACGAAAACAGAAAUUAUGAUUAAACUAAUUAUCAAUGUAAUUAAUACAUAUUUAACGAGAGAAAACUAACAACAAAUUGAAGCAAAGGCAACUUAGUGUUAAUAUAAGAUCGAAACAGCUAACCAGAGCAUAGAGAACUAGAGAUCGAUGAAAUCAUGCUGAAAUUAAACACUCCUCCAACCCGAACCCUCCAAUCUUCCCACUCAGUCCUACCCAAAGAAAUCGAGCUCAGAGCCCACGUACACGUACAAGUUUCCUAGCGUCGGAAACGUUGACUACCGAUGGCAGCUACCGGGGAGCUCCAUUUGGGGCUUACGACUCUGAACCAGACAAAUUCUUAGUACGCCAUAUUAUGGUUUAUACGUACGCACCCAAUACUUAGCAAUACAAUUGAACUGAACGAACUGCAUGUCACUUUGCAAGUGCGAGCAACUAUCUGUAGAAUACUUGAGCCAUUAUGAAAGUAUCCUUGAAAUAAAUGCAACUUAUAUACAUUAUGCGAAACACCCUCUCUCAAGUGUAAUUUGGCAAUUAUGUGAAUGUGAUUUUCCCCCCUUGUUUUCGCUUCUGCAUUAUGGCUCGACCACAGAAAUCGGCAACUUUAUACAUGCAUAUACAUA